AUGGGAAGCCUGUUGAAAGUGCCUACAGAAAUAUUGAUUUCAAUCUGCAGCUACCUGGACGACAUCGACGAUAUAUUUCACUUAGCACGUAGCUGCAAACGUGUUCUCAAUAUAAUUGAAAACCCAGAUAAUCAAUUAUAUGUCCUCCGUUCUGUAAUACGGAACGCUUCUCACCACCACUACGACACCCAGUUAUCCUACCUGUUAGCUUUAUCUGAAAGCGCACUGGCCGCGGAACAUGAGCUGUUACCGGCAGAUGCAGUUUGGGCAAUUGUGUCCCGAUGGCGAGGCCUGCGGGUCCUGUACGAUCUCUAUUGCCACCCACUGCUACGUGCGGUGUAUCUCGGCUCACAUUUGCCGGAUUGGUUGGAUAACGAGUGCUACGAGGAAGAAUUCGUCCAUUCGCCUAGCGAUCUUCCCCCAUUGCCUUCUGUUACUCAUUAUGGCGGCAGUGCACAGGGAGCGGGUGCUGCAUUCUCGGGACGCAGCCGUCAAGCCUACCGGCGUUUUUACAAGGCUUUAACUGCCCACUGGACGGCUGUUGAAACUUUGUCGUUGGCCAGGGUAACAGUUUACAGUACGCCGGAAGAUCGUGAUCGCCGCUUCUCCCAAAUUUGGAAAAUAUGGGCCGAAAACCGAGAUCGAACACUGCAAGAAAAAUUAGAUCUGAUAGAAGCGUUUGAUUUCGUGUGGGGUUUCCUAUUACGUAAGAUUCUAGCAAGCGCCCCCAGCCUUUACGAUUGGCUGGGCGAGGAAACGAUACGACUAUGCCCGGGCGGUGAGGCUUCUGACUGGGCCUUCUUCGUUCGCACAGCUAUCCAGUAUCUACGACCUCCAAACAUUAUCGAAAUGUUGCUUUGCCCACCGUGGGUACGUUCUCAAUCGUCUGUAGAUGCAAGUCGGUUUGGCUACCUCCGCGCAUUGGGUUUGUUCGACCAGAAAAAUGGCAUCUGUCAGCAAAUGGAGCAUGAUUGGACAAGGAAUUGGCAGUGGUGUUGGUAUUGCCCCGUGACUGUUCUCGAAUAUGAUGUGCUUGUUGAGAUACGGAACAUACUACAGAAAGCAGACGGUGUCCGAGGCACGGCACGAUUUUGGGAGUAUGUAUGGUGGACGUACAGGCGCAAGGCCUGGGUUUCUGAUGCUAGAGGAGUCUUGUUUUUCCGGGAAGAGAGUGCCGAGCGAAUACUUUCUAGGAUGAAAACUGGGAUAGGAAUCUAA